GAGUUUCAUCUUCUAUUCCCAGGAUUCUGAACUGGAGCAACACCAUCGUCACCAAAAAUCCAACCCUUCGAGACUUGAAGGGCAAGAUUUUUGAUUUACCUUUGGAGAAGUUGAAGAUAAAAAACAUGCGUCCUACUGAUGAAGAGAGGCAGCAGCUUCAACUUGACGGUCUAUUUCUCGAUGAAUCUAUUGAUGAACGUGGUGUAGUGAAGCAAUCCUUCGAGGGUGGCUCAUCUUCAAAGAAGUCUGAUUCAGCAGAUAUUGAUUGGAUGAAAUCUAAGCUGGAGAUGCUCAGUUCGAAUCAAUCAUCAUUGGCCGAGGACUUCAUUUCGUUGAGGUGUUUUGUUGAUUUUAAUUUCAAAUCUGUAAUGACUGUAAUUAAGGAUAUCCAAGAGAAGGUUAAUGCCAUUCAUCGUCGUCCUUCUGACGAGGGAAAGUCAUCGGAUGAAUUAGUAACUCAAGAUUCUGAUGAUGAUCCUGAUGAUGAUGAUGAUGAUGAUGAUGCCGAGGAUGAUGACAAGCAAUUGCCUGAUCCAGAAAAUAUUGAUUCCGACUCCGACGAUGGUGGUGAGUUGGUUAAAGUUGGUGGGGAUGCGAUGAUGCCGACAAGGUCAAGUAUCGUCGUCCCUUCUGCUGAUGUGAAUCCUUCUGAGGAUGUUGGAGGGAGUGAUAAAAAUGUUAAGGAUGUUGAGAAGCCGAAGGGCGAUGAGUCUCGAUUGAAGGGGGACGAUUUCUUUGAUGGGUUGAGCCAGCUUGUAAUAGAUGAUGAUCAAGUUGUGUUGGCUGGCUUGGAGGCUGUUGCUAAAAUCAAUGUCCCCGCACCCAAUCCAGAUGUUGUUGGUGAAAAGUCAGAUGCCAUUCAUACUGAUGAAGAAACUGAGGAUACUGUCUCUGAUACACCUCUGUUGGAUAAGAGGAAGCGUGCUCCGGCCUUGAAAUCUCCAUUUGUUCUCAGUCUGCUUUGGGGAAGAUAG